AGAUACAAAGGAGUGGGAUGCCCAGAUCCUUAGAGAUCUUAUCCACCCCGAAGAUAUAUGCGUUAUUCUUGAAAUGCGACCUAGCCCACAUCUAAUUGUUGAUGGGUACGCUUGGAACCAUACUAACCCAAGAUCUUACACAGUCAAAUCUGGUUAUGAACUAGACCAACGAUUGAUGCCUUUUGGGUCAACCAUGGGUCGGUUACUGGAAUUGGAUGUAUGUAUCGAGUCAGACUACUCAAACCUGAUUCAGAUGAUUGAAAAUCCUACGGAUUGGCCAUCCUUCAGAUCAGAGAUA